UUGUGACCGCCGCCUUCUGCCUCAUUGGGUCCCUUUCUCCCUUUCCCGCCCUGUUAUUUAGUAGAUUAGGCUUUUUGGGGGGUCUGCUUUUCCUAAUUAGUCCCUGUGUUUUUGUGUUUUAGAUUACCCCCAUACCAUGAGGUUUUGUCCUUAAGGAACGGUCUCUGGUGUGUUGGUGUAGCUGCGCCAGCACCGGAGGACCCUGCCGGUGGAGGAAAUGGUUCGCGCCCCAUCCCUUUGCGGGCGUGCUAUUGUGCGCCAGUGAUUGAUAAGACCACGAGGCUGAGCGCGCCAGGGAGAUUUUUCUAUAAAUGACUUAAAACCCUAGUCUAGACUAUUUACUCAAAUAUAAGGGAGACAAUUGCUUUCUUGUUCUUUGCGGGAGAACCCUGGCACUGGAGGGCUGACCUGGAAUUUAACCAGUCUGCCCCAGGCCGGUGGCGAACGACCAGAGCCGGCACCUCGGGCAGAAUAGGAGGCGAAGGGCAGCGCUCCCGGGGCGCUCUGUGCCGCUCCGCCUGGGUGUCGUUUGGUCAGCGCUUCUGUUUUCUCCUUGCUUGGGUACCGGCGCCACUCGGUGUAAUGGAUUGUAGUAACGGAUGCGCCUCUGGAUCUUCCGGAGGAGGAGAAUCAAAAGACGUGCUGGAGAGUUUUAAGGCCAAGGACUUAAUAAUCACGCCAGCCACUGUUUUAAAGGAAAAACCAGACCCAAGUACUCUAGUUUUUGGAGCUGCGUUCACAGACCACAUGUUGACAGUGGAGUGGUCCUCAGAGUUUGGAUGGGAGAAACCUCAUAUCAAGCCUCUGCAGAACCUGUCAUUGCAUCCAGGUUCUUCGGCUCUCCACUAUGCAGUGGAAUUAUUUGAAGGGAUGAAGGCAUUUCGAGGAGUAGAUAAUAAAAUCCGACUGUUUCGGCCAAACCUCAACAUGGAUAGAAUGUACCGGUCCGCCGUGCGAGCAACUCUGCCGGUAUUUGACAAGGAAGAGCUUUUGGAGUGUAUUCAGCAGCUUGUGAGACUGGAUCAAGAAUGGGUCCCGUAUUCGACAUCGGCUAGUCUGUAUAUUCGUCCUACCUUCGUUGGAACUGAGCCUUCUCUUGGAGUCAAGAAGCCUACCAAAGCCUUGCUCUUCGUAAUCCUGAGCCCAGUGGGACCUUACUUUUCCAGCGGAAGCUUUAAUCCGGUAUCUCUGUGGGCCAAUCCGAAGUAUGUAAGAGCCUGGAAAGGUGGGACUGGAGACUGCAAGAUGGGAGGGAAUUACGGUGCAUCUCUUUUCGCCCAGUGCGAAGCAGCGGACAAUGGAUGUCAGCAGGUCCUGUGGCUCUAUGGAGAGGAUGAGCAGAUAACUGAAGUAGGAACUAUGAAUCUCUUUCUUUACUGGAUAAAUGAAGAUGGAGAAGAAGAACUAGCAACUCCUCCGCUAGAUGGCAUCAUUCUUCCAGGAGUGACAAGGCGGUGCAUUCUGGACCUGGCGCUUGAGUGGGGUGAAUUUAAGGUGUCCGAGAGGUACCUCACCAUGGAUAACCUGACAGCUGCCCUAGAGGGGAACAGAGUGAAGGAGAUGUUCGGCUCCGGCACAGCCUGUGUUGUUUGUCCGGUUUCUGACAUACUGUACCGUGGCGAGAUGAUGCACAUUCCAACUAUGGAGAAUGGUCCUAAGCUAGCAAGCCGUAUCUUGAGCAAAUUGACUGAUAUCCAGUACGGAAGAGAAGAGAGCGACUGGACAAUCGUAUUAUCCUGAACGAAAAAUAUAGGAUACCAACUGUAUGCUAUUGGGAUAGAUUUGCGUUUGAGUUGUGAUAGAUUCCGUUGGCUCCCUGCUAGUAGUUGUGCAUAAUCUAGUUUGUAUUUUCAGUGUUACAAGGGCGAUUGUUUCCUCACGCCAGAGAGAACAAAUUGCAAUCAUCACAUGGUGUUUUGUAAACUUGGUAGUAGUAGCUUUUCUAGAAAAAUAUUAAAGUAAGCCAUAUAACAUAGACUUCCUCAAUAAUGUGCCUCCCUUAGGACUUCACUCUGAUACGGAAAUGUUUGUUUCUUCUUUAAGUUAUGUUCUAUUCUUUAACCAAGUGAGAUUGUGUUUGUAUGUUUGAAACCUGAUUUGAGUAAAUCUCAUUGGCAACAUUUCA